UAAUUUAUUUUUCGUUUUUUUUUUCUUUUCUGAAUUCGGCAUUAAACACCGCAGCUGUAACACAAUCCGAAAGCUUCCAUUCUCACCAAAAUCUCGGACGAUAUAUCGCCGGCAUUUCCUUUCCCCUAGAAAUUAAUCUAUUUCUCUGUCUCUGAUCAGUGCCAUAAGAAGAAGAACAAGAAGGGUAGCAGUAGCGAAAUUGACUCUACCGAAAUUCAAGGGAUAUUAUAUAUUUUCAUAUAUGUAUUUGGCUAUAAUUUUGGGUACCUGAUUGGCUCGCCAGAAAAGAUCCAAGAAAGUUUUAUGCAAAUUCAUUUGUGGCGCAUUGAUAAGCUUUUUAUCGACCUCACUCACUCUUGCUUCAUCACCCAUUUUUCCAUCAAGGUUAUAGAAUAGGUCGUCUAAACAGUGAAGCUGAGUAGCAAGUAACUCGAAAGUACUGGCCUCUUGGGUGGUUGGGAGCUGAGGAGGGCAUAAACGACAUUUUGAUUUUGUGUGCGGAGAAUGUUCCAAUUCCCCGGCCCAAUGGUCCAACUCAUCCCACACAAGAUUCUCUUUUCAGUAGGGGUAUUAUCGUCAUUUCAUGACAUUACAUCUUAGACAAAGGGGUAAAAUCGUAAAACAAAAGCAAAUAUGUUUACAUGCAUAGCAUGUACGAAGCAAAUGGCAGACGAUGGAGGAGACGAAGGUGGAGCGCGUGGCAGCGGAACCCCAAGUACUAAAGAAGCCGUCAAAAGCCUGACGGCGCAGAUCAAAGAUAUGGCAUUGAAAGUCUCUGGAGCUUAUAAGCAGUGCAAACCAUGCACAGGUGGGUCAAGUAGCUAUAGAAAGGGACAGAGGCCUUAUCCCGACUUUGAUACUGCUUCAGAAGGGGUUCCAUACCCCUAUGCUGGAGGUGCAAGCUCAAGUUCAACACCUGCAUGGGAUUUUACUUCUAGUCAUCAUCCUGGUGCAAGAUCAGACUCAAGAUUUACUGGGUUAAUGAGUGGGGACCAGACUCCUAGAGGAGUGUCUGUGUCAGCCCAGUCUUGUGAUGUGGUGUUAGAGGAUGAGGAAGAGCCCAAGGAGUGGAUGGCUCAGGUGGAGCCAGGCGUGCAUAUUACUUUUGUGUCUCUUCCCAAUGGGGGAAAUGAUCUAAAACGAAUUCGUUUCAGUCGAGAGAUGUUUGACAAGUGGCAAGCGCAGAGAUGGUGGGGUGAGAACUAUGACAGAAUCAUGGAGCUCUACAAUGUCCAGAGAUUUAAUCGGCAAGCUCUUCAGACUCCUUGUAGGUCAGAGGAUGAGAGAGAUUCCUCUUACUCAAGAAUGGGGUCUGCUAGGGAAAGUCCGUCAAUAAAUAAAGAUUGGACUCCAAGAAGCCAUUAUAAACCCCCUGGAAAUAGAUAUUUCCCUCCUGACACAUAUGAUCAUGUUGGUGGUGGUCAUCACUACAAUGCUAGUUCAAGUGGUUAUGUUAUAGGUGGCCACAAAGGAGAGACAUCAUCUUUUGAUGCCUCCAGGACAACAACCUCAUCUCGAGAUGAGGCUUCGGUUUCAGUGAGCAAUGCCAGUGACCUGGAGACCGAAUGGGUUGAACAAGAUGAGCCUGGUGUGUACAUUACUAUUAGACAGCUAGCCGAUGGCACUAGGGAGCUGCGGCGUGUCAGAUUCAGCCGGGAAAAGUUUGGGGAGGUGCAUGCAAAGUUAUGGUGGGAGGCAAAUAGAGAAAGAAUACAAGCUCAAUACCUUUAAAGUUUUGUGACACAAGACAACCAACAGUUGAGGAGGAUGAUUAGAAAGAAAAAGAACUAAGAUGCAUAUGGAUGUCUCGAAAAGCCAAUCUUCCACUGAGAAUGGAAAAUGGCUUUGCCCCCUCACCUCUUAUACAAGUUGAAUUGACAUUCUUUGAUCUAACACUACUACUACACAAGUAAUGGUUUCCUGCUGCUCAAGACCAUUUUUAUUUUUACUUUUAGUGGGAACCUUAUACACAUGAUCUCUUGAUGUGUUCGGUUUUGCCUUAAUUAUGCCUUUCUUAUUUACAAAUGAUAAUAUUACAUCUUACUACAUUUUUUUGAGGCCUUUUUCCCAUUUUGGGACUCCUGUCUUUUCGGCAGCAGCAUCAUCAUCAUCAUAUAUAUAUAUAUAUUUUUUUUGCUGUCAUAUUGCAUAUCAGCUCUAGUUUGUAACACAGUUGAUAGUUUGAGAAAUGAAAUCGGAAG